GUACGAGAUAGAAGCGGGUCUGGAGCGUCUGCGAAACGUGAAACCAGCAGGUGAAACGUACAUGCAUGAGGGAAUCAAAGAGGCCUCGGCGCAGAUCCAGAAAGAGUCGAUAAAGUCCUCCAGCAUCAUCUUGGCUUUGACGGACGGGAAACUUGAAGUCUACGUUAACGAGCUCACGGUGAACGAGGCGAACGAGGCGAGGAAGUAUGGCGCCCGUGUUUACUGCGUGGGCAUCAAGGACUUUGACGAGCAGCAGCUCGCCGGUAUCGCCGACACCAAGGACCAAGUGUUUCCUGUCAAAGAUGGCUUCCACGCGCUCAAAAGCAUCGUCAACUCU